AAUUAUGGAAAUUUGUAGUGGUGAAAUAAAGUGAUAAUGUGCCUCUCAAGUACAUUAAGUUUGAUGCAGUGAAAACAAUGGAGAAGUCGAUGCAAGCGCGGGCGCUGAAUAAAUUUUCAUGUCGGGUAUGCUUGGUUCCACCAUGGGGCUUCUCGGAACGGAAGGAGGAGGAGUUGUAUACGGCGUACACGCAGCGGCAACGGCAGCGCGCCGUGCCGCGGCUGCUGGCUGCCGGCGUGCUGCUGCAGGCGUUCGCGGCGCUCGUGCCGGGCGAGCGCGACCUGGGCUUCGCCUACACUUCCGUUACCCUCGCGCUCCUGUUCAACCUCGCCCUCGCCCUAGUCUACAUAACGAUACGCCCCGCGAGGCUCGCGCUCAACCACGUGGCUUGGCUGGCGCUCUGGACACAACUACUAGUGAGCGCGUCUCGGCGACUAGGCGACUCUUAUAACGAAUUGCUUGGUUGGGCUGUCUUGCUCCAAUAUUUCACGCUAGCCGCGCUACCAUUCCAUUACCUGCUCCUGAUACUCUAUAGCACGAUCUCAUUCACCGCUUAUUUAUUGAUACAAUACUACAGCGCAAUGAUUACGGAGAACAAACUUCCUGACGACUUCAGUUUACAGCAAAUAUCGAAUGGGUUGUUAUUGUUGGGAGCAACAUUGUUGGGCGGAACCGCUUAUGGUGUCGGCGAAUGGCAGCAACGAUGUUCAUUCAAAGUAACAAAAAGAAGUUUACGUGACAAACUCACCAUUGAACAACAAAGCAAAGAACAGGAGCGGUUAUUACUGUCGGUGCUUCCGGAACAUGUUGCCGUGCAGAUGCGAAAAGAUCUUGGCCUUAUUGACACGCAGUUCAAAAAGAUUUACAUGUCACGCCAUGAAAAUGUCAGCAUCCUGUAUGCGGAUAUUGUGGGUUUUACUGCGAUUUCAUCUACAUAUUCGGCGCAAGACCUUGUUGCAAUUUUAAAUGAAUUAUUUGCUCGAUUUGAUCGCUUGGCAGAGAAAUAUCAGCAACUACGCAUCAAAAUUCUCGGGGACUGUUAUUACUGUAUCAGCGGCGCCCCCGUAGAAAAACCGGAUCACGCCGUCCUUUGUGUCCAUAUGGGCCUGUCCAUGGUUAAAGCUAUUAAGUACGUGCAGCAAACGACAAACUCCCCAGUAGACAUGCGCGUGGGCAUCCACACGGGGGCCGUGCUGGCAGGAGUGUUGGGGCAGCGGCAGUGGCAGUUCGACGUCUACUCGCGCGACGUCGAGCUAGCCAACAAGAUGGAGAGCAGUGGGAUGGCGGGGCGCGUGCACAUAUCGGAAGUGACUCUAAGUUUCCUAAACGACGAGUUUGAAGUGGAGCCGGCGCACGGCGAGCGCCGCGAGGAGAUGCUGCGCCUGGCCGGCAUCAAGACUUACUUCAUUGUCCGAGUGCUCAAACCGUUCGGAGGGGAGGACAAAAGUGCACCCGAGGGCGAGGCAGUGGAGGGUGGCGACUCCGCCGACACGAUGUCCGAUCUCAAAGAUGACGACGAGGACUCGGUUCUAUCACCGCAAGAAGAGAGCAAGGGCAACGAAGAAUUGAAAAUACUCGCAAUGUUACAAGAAGAACUCGUGAAUCGAGAUGACGACAAGGAGCUAGCGGACGCAACGACGCUUUGCCUGACAUUUAAAGCGGCAGAAGUGGAAGCCGCGUACGCGCGGCGCACGGACCCGUGUCCGUUGGCCGUGGCGGCGCCGCCCGUGCUGCUGCUGCCAGUGGUCGUGGCGUUGGUCAGCUUCGCCGUGCCGCCCUCGUGGCCGCUGCGCGCUGUCUACCUCGCCUUCGUGCUCGAGACCGGCCUAAUGAACGUCCUCUACUACGCGUACUUCCGUUUCGCCCAGUACAAGAAAAAGUCCGUGAGUCCAUACUGGAAAUUGAUAUGCGGCACGUUUAACAUAGCUAUGUUCGUAGCCGCAAAUAUUGCUCCCUUGAUAAUCUGCGGAAACUACGAGGCCGCCAUCGGCGACGCCAGCCCGCAUCCGGACUGGGUCGUGCAAGGCGGCGCUCGGCGCUGCAUACAUCCCUCUUACUAUUAUCACAUAGGCGCAGGCGCUCUCUGCGGAGCUUUAUGGGUGUCACCGCUGUCGGGCGGGGCGCGCGCGCUGUUUCUGGUUGCGCUGGCGGCGGCUCACGCGGCGCCCGCGGCGCUGCAGCCCGCGCUGCUGCACCGCCGCGUCAGCCUCGACCGCGACCCCUACACAUCCAGCUUCAACGCCACAGCUGACUACAGCGAGACCGCUUAUGACAUCCUAGCGCAAAUCCACCUUGGCCGACAUAUCCUCAUGCUGUUCUUCAUAGUGAUCGCGUUACUCAUACUGAACAGAUAUACGGAGUCGCUGGAGCGCGCGCGUCACUCGCGCGGCGAGCGUAUGCGCGGCCAGGCCGAGCAAGCGGCCGACCUGCGGCGCAGAAACCAGGCUUUGGUGCAUAACGUGCUGCCGCCGCACGUGGCGCGGCACUUCAUGGGCGCGCGACAUCACCACCGAGACCUCUACAGCCAGAGCUAUGCUGAAGUCGGCGUGCUUUUUGCUUCCAUGCCCAAUUUCUCAGAGUUCUACUCGGAAGAGACCGUUAAUAACCAAGGCUUGGAAUGCUUACGAUUUCUGAAUGAAGUCAUAUCUGAUUUUGAUUUGCUGUUAGAGGAUGCAAAAUUCAGCAAAGACAUAAUUAAAAUAAAGACAAUCAGCUCCACAUAUAUGGCAGCAUCAGGCCUAAAUCCCACUCGACAAAUGCAGCCGUCAGACGGCACGCUGGUACGCUGGGCACAUCUGGCGUGCCUGGUGGAGUUCGCGCUGGAGCUGCAGCGCGUGCUGGCUGCCAUCAACGAGCAAUCCUUCAACCACUUCGUGCUGCGGCUGGGCGUCAACCACGGACCCAUUACUGCGGGCGUCAUCGGCGCACGCAAGCCGCAUUACGAUAUCUGGGGAAACACCGUCAACGUCGCAUCGAGGAUGGAGAGCACCGGCAAAGCUGGUUGCAUACAGGUGACCGAAGAAACGUGCCAUAUACUUGAGACGUUCGGCUACUACUUUGAGCAGCGCGGCCUAGUCGCGGUCAAGGGCAAGGGUCAACUUAUGACCUACUACCUGCAGGGCAAGCGAGACGCUUCCGCUGGACAAACUGACAGUACUAACAGGCAUGGUGCCGAGAUAGCAGCCGGCGGGGACACCCUGGCCAACGGAGCUGCGCAGCGCGUGGCCGACCCCGAGGCAAACGUCCCACUUCUAUCGCAGUGAAGCCUCUGCGUCUCUAACAUGUCGAAAUGCGCUUUUUCCUCGUGGCCAAGUUUACAAACUGCAUUGAGAAAUGGUCAAUGAGUAAACUUUUUGACGUGUUUAAAACCAUUUUUACACCUUUUUGUAUAAAGUUGGAUGGAUACGGUGGAAACAUUUACUUAUAACAAGUGCAAACAUUUAUAUAUAUUGCGGUUCCCUGAGCCAGAAGGCGAAAAAUCUCCUUAUAUGAUCAUGUUGAGGCGUUGAUAUUCGUAAACGUGGAAAAAAUAUAUGUAGUUCUUGACUAUAUUAUCUUUAACAUCAUAGCUUCCGAUACACGAAUUAUGACACUUCGCUUGAUACAAUUAAUUCCCAAAGUAACCUCUAACUCGGACUUUUAAUCCUACUUUACCCGGUUAUUUAUUAUGUGAUACUAUAAACAAAAAAAGACGAAAAAACCAUCUUAAAUUAAAUAGUAAUUUCAUAGCUUUCGAAUUUCGAUAUUGUAAGGUAACGUUUUUAAAAUAAAUAAAAAUCGACUAAAUUCGAUCAAAAUUGACACUUGGCGUGUAUGAUCUUUCUUGUUUCACGAAAUGUGACAGUGAUAGCGGCAAACCCAUGGAACGGCCUUAGUAAUUAAUUUACUUAUGUGGAGAGGAUAAUAUAAAUAGUAAACCGUCUCGAUAUAUGAUAUCGAAACGGUUUACUAACUAUUCGGAUCUAAUCGAAUUUACUACUUGUCAUUCGUUUAGUUAUUUACUUCUGUUACAAUUAGGGGAGAGUGGGAGAUUCGGUUAUAUCGUACCGGUUUUUACUUAAACUUGGUUUAUGAAGAUAGUUACAAAUGUAAAUUAAUUUAACAAGCAGAAACGUGUGUGAACGAUGCUAUUCAGCUUAGAAUAAAUUUAAAAGUGGAAAAAUUACUGCCUUAAGUGAGACUUGAACUCACGGCCUCUGACCGAUACUCCAGCGAAUCUUCCCACUAUAUGGGUCUAGGGGACCCUAGCGACAUCUACCGUAAGAGCGUUACACUUCUUAAACGGCCACCGGAGCAUAUAGACCGCAGGCUAGGAACAGAUUUCCAUGACCAAUCGCCUCCCGGGCGAAAACUCGUAUAGUGGUUAACGGCUAUGUAUGAUGAACCCUCGUGAACGUCAGCUGCCGCUCCGGUGGUGGGUUGAGGAAUAUAUGUGAAAACAUAAGCAUAAAACUUUGACAAGUUUUAAAACCAAUGCAAUAAACCCUUAUAUAAAUGUAGUUAAAUACUGUUACUUAUUACGAAUUUUUAACUUAUCCAGAUCACUGGUCAUUAUGUUGUUACAAACCCACGAAAAUCAUGUUUUCUAACUAAAUGCCAUUUCUGAUCAGAUUAUUGUUUAGUGUGUAAAUAAACUAGGUUUUUAAUGGGAAAUCUAGACGUGGUACGAAUUAACCAGCGGUACAAUAUAGCCGAUUCUCCCCGCAGUGCAAAACGUUGUACCUAAUAGCAUUUAUUUUAUAAACUAACUGUCAUGUACUACUUUGACUACUUGAAAAGAAAUUUGAUUUUGGCCACGAGGAAAUUACAAUAUUGUACCUCGGAUAGUUGACAAAAUGUAUUUACUAAUAAGUAGGGACAUUUUCUCGUCGCUAUUAAACUAUCCAAGAUAUAAUGAAAUGUAUGCAAUUUCGCCUAUCUAAUUUAAAAUAUUAAUCUUCUAAACGUUUACCGUUUGUGGUAGCAGUAGCGUCCGUGUGGAAACUAUCUCGAAUGCCACAAAAUUGUGUUUUCCCAAUGCGUUCAGUACCUACCUACUCAAUUUUCUUAACUUGAUGUAACUCUAGUCUAGAGAAAAAUGUAUGUAAUGAAAAUAAAAACGCUUUCGAAUGAGGCCGGACAAUACCAGGAAUUCAUCCAUCGCAAAAAGGUAAGAGAAUUUGUUAGUGGAUUGCCAUGUCUGCUCUACACAUGUAUAAGAUAAGUGGGCACGUUUUGUGAAAUGAAAACCUGGAUUACGUAUCGAUUUAAGUAUUUGUCUGAGACUGACAUUUAAUUAUUUUUGUACUUUCCACCUCAUAGAUUAAAACUUAGAUAGUUUUAUACAAUAUUUAAUCACCAGUAGUCAAUGCAUUUGUUAUUAUUUAUAAAGGACACAACAAAAAAAGAUUUAUUAUAGAAGGUAAUUAUGCAAAAAAUAUGGAAGUUUAAAGCGCCAUAAACAUAGCGCUUCAUAAUGUUUGUAAUGAGGCAACAAUUUAUUGUAGUUAUAACUGUACAAUGCAUACCUACUAAACUAUGUAUGUAGUUACUUUGCAGUAUUUUCGGUAGGUAUACUGUGCAUACGUUGCACAAAGUUCAAUAAAGCUUUGGUUAGGAAUAGGGAGCAGAGACCAUACAGCAAACAUUCAAAAAAUAAAAUUUCGUUAUCUGCCGAUCGCUCAAAUAUGCAUUAGCUCGAUAGUCGAUAGCGAUAAAGUUAAUAACGAAAAUUCUUUUUUGAAGUUCGCGGUAGGCCCUCAGAAGUAUAUAAGCUCUCUAAAAAGUCUAGAAGUACAGUCGUUCAUUAUUUUCAGAAUUUUUGCUCUAGGGAAGGUCGUUGCCGACUUCCUGCAAGUUAAAUAAACCUGCACUUCUCGCUCCGCUGCAUUAUUUAUGGCAAAACCGAACUGUGCAUUUAUAUACCUAAUCGAUGAUGAAUUCUUAGUAACACUAAUAUGUAUGUGGCCGAAGUGCUUGUAUAAUAUUACUUAAUUAUAUUAUUAUUCUUCAUAAACAUGUUUUAGGUGUGCCUUAAAAAGAGAUAUUUUGUAACCAAAAAUGAAUGAUUUCAGUCUCGAUAGUUUGGAUGCUUAAGGUGGGCGUAUAAUUCUCUAAAGACAACUUCGGAGUUGGUAAAUCAUAAAUGCACGUGUACCUGAAAUACAGAGCUUGUAAUUAUUCGAAUUAAAUUACACGUAUGCCAGUAAAUAUAGGAAAUACCCUGUUUUCAACGUUUGCGAAAUUCUCACUGUCGUCACGCAUUGUGUUAUCUAUUACGUUUAUUACCCUAACGGCGGUAAUUAAUAUAAACACUUGACAUAGCGAUUUAAUUAGAUUCUUACUUAGUACUAAUUUUGUAAUUAUCUUGUAGCUAAUAGCAAGAAAGCCGGAGUUCUGUAAUGAGUGUUGCACAUGUUUUCAUAAAUUGUUUGGUUGUUUGAUUGAUAGUUAGCACUAAAAUGGUCAAACAGCGGCUUCACGAUGCCCGUCAAUUAAAUAACGCUGACCUUAUGCCACCGGGCGCCGCCGCCCCGUCCAUCCGUCACACUCGUCUGCAUAUACCUAUAACCCGCCGCACUAUAGGUAGCCGUAGCCGUAAAACUCGGAGCUAAUAUACCAAAUACAUAUUGAAUUAAAUAGCAGUUUUUGCCUGUAUUGAAUAAACAAUUGAUUGCUUAUGCCUACCUAAAUAUAUUAGUUAAACCGCAUACGCUGCAGUAAAUCUAUCGGCCCGAUUUAUGUGAAGUUGAAUACCACGGGCCAUUAAUAAAUGGACAUCUUUUAAAAUUGUUAUUAUUUUUAAAGUUCUAGUUUUAACAAACAUACGCUUAACGUGAGUCUAUACGUAGGGUAGGAUAGGAUAUUUAUAGUGUAAGUAAUACGCUACGCAAGGUAGGUGUAGGUACUUAUGUAUAUCGUAAAAGUCGUAUCACAUUGUUUAUUUAUGGGUCAACAAUAAAUUGUUAAUAUGUGAAAUCCGUUGGGCGAUAAACAUCAAGAGUGUACUGAUAAUGUGAUGCACAGUCAUCGCGUAAUACAAGUUACAUAAUAAAAGAUUCUCGCGUAAAUCUAUAGAAUUGGUGUUGCCUCCUUUGUAUAAGAUAUUAAUACACCUCCAUGUAUUUUAUUUAGUAGUCAUAUUAUUGUGAUACCUAAUUAUUUCUCUACCGUAGCUGAAUUCCGCUUAGCCUCAUUUAGCCAUACUUAUAUCAGACCUGUGUUUUCUUCUGUCGUCAUUGAUUGUAGGUAGCUUUAGGAUGUGUGCUUUUAUUGAAAGUCGCCUAGAAUAAUUAGCCUACUUAUAGAAAUGUACCGUUGUUGUGGAAGUUCUACUAAAAUAUAGCCAUCUAAUAGAUGAUUUAUAUUUAUUGAGAAUCUCUAUAGUAUAGGUACUACAAUAUUUCAGUACAUAAUGUAGGUCUUUCAAUCGUGAUAUUAUUGUACGUAGUUAAUAAUUAUUUUAGAACUACUUAGAGAGAUCGUUUAUUUUUUUCUUUCUAGUGAUAUAUUAUCUUCCUGUGAUUUGUGACUAUUAAUAAUUUUAUACAUAUUUUAGCUCAAUCAACUAAGGUUGAACCUCUCGUGGCUAUAAUUUUAUUAAAUAAAGCAAUAUCUAUGAA